AUGGGUUAUCCGCAAGAUGGUGGUUGGAAAGCUCUGAGUUAUAUGAAAGAAAACCGUAUUUCUAGGUUUCAGUGUGCGUUGAAGCCUGGGUGGAAAGUGGUAUAUAUACGUUGCUCUGUGGAGCGGAACCAACAGCGUAUUACAACAACUAUCGUCAAAAAGAAUAGGGAGGAUCGCGGUACACUGACUCAGAGCUAUAGAGUUUGCGCUAGCAUGUUCCUGGCUCCUACCAUUUACUCCUUCAAUAUUCAUUCUUGGUCUUCCUGCGACCAGUUGUUCUUGACUUCCCUCUCAAUUUUUUCGGUUUUCUCCAUUUCACUCCGACUUAUUUCGAAAUCGGCUUUAAAAUUGUUCCGUAUUGAAAAUACUCUGAAGAGGCCAAGCCGACCGCUUUGCAUGCUCUAUGCAAACUCCAAAGCUGAGGAUCGAUCUGGCAUUUUAGCGAAAAAUGAUGCUCUAGAGAUGGGUGAAAGCUGCCAUUUUCACCCUGGUACCACUCCUCAGAUCAUGGGAGGUGCGAUCAUGAUGUCCGAGAAACAAGGGGUUGCAGGUAAUGCUUUGGUAAAUAAGCGGUUUAGAAAUGUUAUAGUGGCGGGUUUGAGCCAGCAUAGAGGAGUAGGAGUCAAGCGUGAACUUAUAAUUGAGAAUACCCAAGCUAACAGCUGGCUACCGGUGUUGAUAUCCGGGGUCCCACAACAUGACUCUGUUAUCCUUUUGGCCCUUGACUCGAUUUCAGUGGGCUAUGAAUAG